AUGGCCCCGACCCGAGCACAGGCACGCCUUGGGCCAGAGAUUCAUGGUGACGACCAGAGCCCACGCGCCGGGGUUUCAGAUCACUGCAGAAAGGGCAGAAAAAGAAGGCGUCGAAACGACCGGCACAGGAGUACGGCAAAGAGAGUGAAGGUUGCAGACCAAGACGCCAGCCGAAAGGGUCGAAGCGAGGACGGACAACCGACUGGGGACCGAUGUUUACGUUCAGGCGACAGUAAAUCCGAUCCCAUCGCUUUUUGGGCAGAGAACAACAACUGGCCGGAAUUUUUCUUUGACCGCAACAUGGAUCGUCUUUUGGCGAGAAAGAAGUCAGUCUCUUCACUUGGUGGGCGCAGUCGCAAGCGGUCACAACCUAGCUCUGCAGGCUCCGCAACUCCGAGCUAUCAGGAACCGAGAGAGGAAAAGAGUGCCCGUUAUCGCGACGUUCGCUACAAGGAAGAAUUGCGAGAUAACAAGAGUUACAUGCACGACUCGGAUUUGGGGAUUUCGGAUCAGAGUAAAGAGCUAAUUAAGAAGCUACUAAGCUCCGAGCAGCACCCUCCUCGAGACUCGUCCUUUAGCGACAGCUUAUUUUCCAGGACAUGUCAGAGCGUAGUAGAUAGGAAUAAAACCCGAAUCAAUCGCGACAUCACCCCGGAGGUCGUCCCUUCCGCUGAAAAACUCGCACAUCGCGGAGCGCAUAGGCUGGCAUGCCUUAUUGAAAGCACAAAUGAAGGAUGGAGUAAUUCAGUCCCUUUAACUGACCCCCGCCCGCAACCGGAUUACUCCGUGGGUUUCAGGCGAGAGGCAUUCUCCAACAACCAGCUGGAGAAGAUGGCCCCAAUGAUUGGGAAUUGGAUCGCUGGGGAUCAAUCGAAGAUCAUGGCAACGUACCUGAUCUACUUCCCCUUUCUGUCGUGCGAAGUGAAAUGCGGCUCUACGUCUCUUGAUGAAGCGGACCGCCAGAACGCUCACACGGCAACACUGGCCGUACGAGGUGUUGUCGAGCUAUUCCUUGCGGUGAAACGCGGACGCGAGGUUGAUCGCAGAAUCUUAGCCUUUUCUGUAUCGCACAAUCAUAGUCAAGUACGACUAUACGGUCACUACGCCGAUUUGAAGGAUGGAGAUGAAAAAUACUACCGUCAUACGAUCCGCACAUUCGACUUUACAGAACUUGAUGGCAAGGAGAAAUUCACAUCAUAUCGUUUUGUCAAGAAUGUAUAUGAAGUAUGGAUGCCAGAUCAUUUCGCAAUGAUCUGUUCCGCUAUUAAUCAGCUAUCCCACUAUCCAAAUCCCGAGGUCGCCUCGCUUCAAGGAUCCGACCUUGAGGGCUACAGCCUAUCACAGUCACCGUCUAGUAGCGAGAAGGGGAAUGAUCAGGAAGAUGCGACUCCAUAUACAUUAUUUACUGGUACAGGUCCGGCCAAAAAGCAAAGACGGCGCCGAGGUCGCGGUGAAGGACGAGGUCCAUUGAUAUAG